AUGAUGAUUAAAAUUUGCGUUUUAUUUUUGUUGAGUUCUGCGACUAUUUCGUGCGUUUCACCACAUGUGGAUGCGGGACGAUCUUCAAAGGUUUUGUCUAGAAGAAAACGUUACAUCGCUUUCCCUGAAGGAUCUUCUUUUUCCUGCGCGGGAUGUAUGACAGUCGGUGUUAUAGGCCAACCGUCACCAUCCUCAUCACCCGGCACCUUCACAUUCGGCCUCAACUGGGGUAUCGCAUAUGAGUUGCCAAAUACAACAGAAACCGCAGCGUUCUUCCGCAAAAAGCAAAGGAAGCCUGCCGCUCUGAGGAGGAACCGACGCGAGUUGUACCAGAAACUAGAAGUUAUCAUGGAUAAAAUGGGUUAUAACGGUCGCAGUUGUAUUUUGAAAACGUUAUGUGAAACAACGCAGAGGAUAGUGCCACAUGGAGAGAACAUGAUAGAAGAAAUGUUUAGAGCAUUAUUUACUUUACCAAUGUCAAAAGUGCUUUCAACGGAGCCAAUAGAGCACGCUGUUUACGACUCAGCGCAUCGACUAGGAGUGCUGCUGCAAAAUUGCGACAUCUACGAAUGUCCUAUAUCCUUAGUGGACUUAGCUCAAGGUUAUUAUAACGCUCCAGCGCCGAAAGUGGAUACAGGGUUAAAUCCGUGGUCCCUUUUCAGUAGUAGCUUUAUUUAA